CGUAACCCAGGUUCGAACCCUGGUAACGCCUGCUUUUUGGUUUUAUGCUUGUAUCAUUAUGGUAGAGCUUGGUCCCAUCAAGUGAGCUCACCAUUACUCACACUGAGAUUUCCUCAACGUCGCCAGUUUUAACGAUCUUUGAAUUUAUUUCAAGUCCGCACUCCGACUUGAAGUGGAAAGCUGGGGUUUGGGUUUAACCGCCGCACAGGAAGACAGCCGUUCUAUGCCGCAGAGAUGUGAAUAUUCACAUCCAGACCAUCCCAAAAUCAUUGGAAUGACCAGUUUAUUGGGCCAGUCAUCUUUCUAAUAUUUGACGGUGAAUCAGGGUGAGCAGGUGACUGCUUUUACGUUUACUGAUCUUGUGCUCUACGACAUCCUCAGAAAUGCUACAUCCUUCUUUCUCUCUCGGCAAGCUCAAGACUGGUAAAAACCAGCAACGCCAUCGCAAGACUCGCGGUGCAAGUGCUGAAGUCUCGCCCAUCAAACUUAGCCACCUUCUCAAGUCCAUUAGGCACCAUCGUUUGAAGGGAAAGGUCGCGGUUGAGCAGAAGACUACUUCAGCCUCAUCACCCCAGCCUGAGUCUGAUAUGAGCUUGUCACCUCCUUCCAGGCAUCCACCUUACGAAUGGAACACCGACCAUUCGAGUCUCUUGUCAGGAAUCAAUAAUGCGCGCAUUGUCUCAGAGUCUGCUACCCGGUUCACCACUGCUGAACAGAGCAUAGCCCCGUCGGAGCAGUCGUCACAUUCAUCGCUGUUUGAUAUGCGCACUUCGAAGUCCACUUUAGCUCUUCUUUCGAAGGCCCCUGUAGACCCCUUCUCAGACAGCUCUGGUGUAUCCCCUACCCUAAUAUCAUCUCCGUCCAUGUUUAACCUACGUUCUCAUUCGACGGGCGAUUACAUCGUGCGACAGCUUGGUGCAACCCUGGAAAAGCUUUCGCUGGGCGAGAGCCAGUAUACUAAGCUUCAGGAGAACGUCAUUCCAAUCAGAUCCCUGAAUAGUACACGAUGCAAUGUGCCAAAAUCGGAAUCGGUGCUAACCGUGAUGUCCGGCUUCCAGGGCUCCCCAACAUCUUCUGAUAUGAUUUUCAAAGACUCACUUGCGUCUGGAUACCUUGGGAAUUUAAGACAACAGCUGCAGGAGAAGCGGUGGCUAUGCAAGUUUGCUCGCUCCACAUCAGCCAAAGUACACGUUGCCGUCGCACCCACCAUAUUCAUCACGUCUGUUGAUACGAAGCAUCCCAAACCACUAUGUUCCCCGGUUGGCCUUUUUGGACAAGCUAACCACUUCAGAGAUUUCAUCGAUGAUCCUACGCCUCGACCACUGCCGCUAGCCAAUUCUCUGUGUCUAGAUGACCCAUUUAAUGCGGAUCCAUUCGCCUAUGACCAUCCCUCUCAAUACGAUCUGCCAUUAUUGCCUUCAACCCCAACUUCUGAGGAGACAGGAGAAGUCACUGACCCUGCCUGGUAUCUAUUUGGAACGCCCUCUCGUGCAUAUCUCAAACUCUUUCCAUCUAGUGGGGAGGAAUUCCCAACAGCCCUGGGUGCCACCAUCACCAAUCCAUUUGAUCUUCCGCCUUUCUCUGUACCGUUCAUGAAACCAGGACUGCUCGGCGCUUCGCUUCAUGACAAUUGAGGCGAGUUGCGAUGCUGAGGGUUUUUUGUGGAUAUGGUUUGUAAUCUAGUAGGUUCUGAAGCCGCUAAUAUAGUUUAUUCAUGUCCUGGAGUCCUUAAAUUGUCUACAGAUCCCUUACUAUGUUGUUCCAUCCUAAAUCCUUGCAUAUGCAUGGGACGAGGAUCCUCAAAUAUAUGAGGUUGUUUGUAUAAUAUUCCAGUUGCAAGAUGAAUAAAAUUAGCUCGUUUUCCG